GUAUGCGGGGCGGAGGCGGAGGCAGGGCCCUGGGAGGGAGCGGGAAGGAGGAGCCCAUGUCUGGAAAGGAGAGAGCAACUCAGAGCCUCCCGUCUGACAGAGACUGACCAGCAGGGCUCCAGGUGGCAGGAGCUCCCCAUCCUCGGCAGCAUGAGCACCACCGCCAGCCCAGCCGCUUCCCCCAAACGGAGCGCCAAGUCUAUCUAUGAGGAGAGGAAGCGAUACACCACUGAAGUUAUGUCGGAUGUUUCCCAGUAUGCAGUCAAUCACCUGGUGACCUUCUGCCUGGGUGAAGAGGAUGGCCUGCACACGGUGGAGGACGCCUCGCGGAAGCUGGCGCUCAUUGACAGCCAAGGCCGCGUCUGGGCCCAGGAGAUGCUGCUGUGCGUGUCUUCCAAACACAUCACGCUGCUCGACCCGGAUUCCAAGGAGGAGCUGGAGUCGUACCCGCUGAGCGCCGUCGUGCGUUGCGAUACGGUGACGCCGCCGGGCCAGAGCUGCUCGCUGCUGCUGCUCGUGUGCCAGGAGCCCGAGCGCACGCAGCCCGACGUGCACUUCUUCCAGGGCCUGCGUCUGGGGGCGGAGCUGAUCCGAGAGGACAUCCAGGGGGCUCUGCACCACUACCGAUCUGGCCGCGGGGAGCGCAGGGAGGCGGCGCUCAGGGCCACGCGAAAGGAGCUGCAGCGCCUCCCCUCUCCCGCCUCCGAGACCCUGCACCUGCAUCACUGCCCCGUGGUGCGUCGGGUUACGAUCAGCCAGGUGGAACCGUCCGCCGCCUGCGGGCGACCCCAGGCGGACCUCGUCCCAGAGGCGGAAGCGAUGCGGAGGGCCGGCCGGGCGGAGGCCUGCAGCACUACUGACCCGGCCUCCCCGGACCUGGGCCCCCGCGGCCCAGACCUGACGAGCCUGCAAGCGGAGCGGGACGUGGACAUCCUGAACCAUGUGUUCGACGACGUUGAGAGCUUCGUAUCGAGGCUGCAGAAGUCUGCGGAGGCGGCCCGAGUGCUGGAGCACCGGGAGCGCAGCCGCAGGACCCGGGGCCGGGAGGCCGGGGAGGGCCUCCUGUCGCUGCGGGCCAAGCCGCCCUCCGAGGCCGAGUACACUGACGUGCUUCAGAAAACCAAGUACGCCUUCAGCCUGCUGGCCCGGCUGCGCACCAACAUCGCCAACCCCUCCUCCGCAGAGCUGCUGCACUUCCUGUUCGGACCUCUGCAAAUGAUCGUGGACACUUCGGGCGGCCCCCGGCUGGCGAGCGGCGUGCGGCGGCCGCCUCUGACUUGUGAGGCGGUGACGCUGCUGCGCGACAACGUCACUGAAGGAGAACACCUGCUCUGGACCUCGCUGGGGAACUCCUGGACCCGCCCGGGGGUGGAGCUACCCCCGGAGGAGGGACCCCCAUACAGACCCGAGUUCUACAGCGGCUGGGAGCCCCCAGCCACUGACCCACAGGGCCGCGCCUGGGAGGACCCAGUAGAGAAACAGUUGCAACACGAGCGGCGGCGCCGGCAGCAAAGCGCCCCCCAGGUCGCUGUCAAUGGUCACCCAGACCGGGAACGAGAAGCUGAGCCAGAGCCCGCAGGGAAGUGGGUCCUGUGUAAUUACGACUUCCAGGCCCGCAACGGCAGCGAGCUGUCCGUCAGGCAGUGGGAUGUGCUGCAGGUCCUGGAUGACAAGCGCAAGUGGUGGAAGGUUCGAAACCAGCAGGGGCAGGAGGGAUACGUACCCUAUAACAUCCUGACGCCGCACCCAGGGCCGCAGCGGGGCCGCAGCCUGGAAAACAGCCCUCCCCCUCCCCCUCCCCGAACAGCGCCGGCCCCGGCUCAGGCUUUCCCGGCCCCACCACUGUCGGCCGCGGACCCCGCUUUCCCCCCACCGCCGCCACUCUCGGCCCCGGACCUGUCCUUCCCCCCACCACCGCUGUCGGCCUUGGCUCUGGAAUUUCCUCCACCACCACUGUCGGCCCUGCCUCCAGCGUCCCCUCCACCACCGGCGGCGGCAGCCCCUGAUCUGACUUUCCCUCCACCGCCAGACCCGGAUCUGGCUUUCUCUCCACCGCCAGACCCGGAUCUGGCUUUUCCUCCAUCGCCAGCCUCAGAUCCGGCUUUCCCUCCACUGCCAGCCUCAGAUCCGGCUUUCCCUCCACCGCCGCUGUCGGCGUUGGAUCCGGCUUUCCCUCCACCACCGGCGCCGACCCCGGCCCCGGCCUUCCCUUCACCUCCAGCGCCAGCCCCGGCCGGGGCGCCUCCUCCCCCUCCCCCUCCCCCACCAGCUCCCGCCCCGGGUCCGGCUUCGUGUCCCCGACCAGCACGGACCCAGGCUCGGUCCUCCAGGGACAGCUGCAAGAGCCUCAACAACUUGGACUCCAGCAAGAAGGAGAAAGUCCCCCCGAUGCUGAGUAUUAACGAGGAGCUGCUGGCACGCCUGGCCCAGGGCCGCAAGGGCCCCAGCCGAGCAGCCCCGGGGCCGCGCGCCACAGAGCCCCGCGCACAGGAGCCGCAGCUCAGCUCGCGCUCCAGCGCCUCGGAGGUCUGCGCCUGGCUGCAGGCCAAGGGCUUUAGCUCUGGGACCGUGGCCGCACUGGGCGCGCUGACAGGUGCGCAGCUAUUCUCGCUGCAGAAGGAGAAAUUUCGGGAGCUGAGCCCCGAGGAGGGGGCGCGCGUGUACAGUCAUGUCUUGGUGCAGCGGUCGCUGCUGGAGAACAAAGGGAAAGUGUCAGAGCUGGACGCGGUGAUGAAGAAGCAAAAGAAGAGAAUGGUAGACGAAGUGGAAACGGAAGUCAUUUGAUCCUUCUCCGCCCCUCUGCUAAAAGUUUCAAGGCAGCCCCCCUGGGAGAACGGACUCUGCAGACUGCCCCCACCAAUGGAAGUAGAUCCCUCCAGGGAUCGCGGACCUGUUCCGGCUGUGGUCUUACCCGUCCAGGUGGAAAAAGUGGCCCGUCCUUGUGUCCUUGCUGGAGUGUCCUGGACGAGUGCUCUGGGAAUGGCCGAGAACAGGCACAGACAAUUCAGGAGAAGCUCUGUGCAUUGUGAUACACUGCCCGGUCUAUAAACAGCCUCCUCUUA